GAUGUGCUGAGUGACGCCCGUCUGUUGCUUUUUCUGUAUAAAGGAGCGUCCAACGAUUGGAGGAGGAGGGUGAAGUUACCCAGCGCUGGCGCGUCGUGGGCGGGUGGAAGGGCUGUUUAUAAACCCAGAUCUUUCCUCGUGGGCGGGAAGAGCAACAGUGGGGAGUGAAAGUGAAGCGAGAGAAGAAAGUGAGAGAGACGUAGAGGAGACAAGGCUGUGGUGGCGACGGCUGUGGUUGACCGGGGUCCGCGGAGGGGGCGAGGCGGCCGCCCCUGUAUGCGUCUUCAACCGCGCAUGGACGACCACCUCAGCCUCCUUCAAUCACCCCCGCCAAGCGCAACCAAAACCCGGGGCGACAACCUGGUGAACCACGGAUACACCGAGACAGAAGCCGACGUGAUGACUGUUGUGGCUUGUGACAACAUGCUAGAAGAGUCAGCGGCUCUCCCGGGCCACCACUCUCUGGACCGUUAUGAACCGGAUCACGAAUGCUGCGAGAGGGUGGUCAUCAACAUCUCAGGGUUACGAUUUGAAACGCAGCUAAAGACUCUCUCGCAGUUUCCAGAGACGCUGCUGGGUGACCCCAAGAAGAGGAUGAGGUACUUUGAUCCCCUCAGGAAUGAAUACUUUUUCGAUCGGAACAGACCCAGCUUUGAUGCCAUCCUCUAUUACUACCAGUCUGGCGGACGCAUAAGAAGACCUGUGAAUGUGCCCAUUGACAUUUUUUCUGAGGAGAUACGCUUCUACGAGCUGGGCGAGGAGGCUAUGGAGAAGUUCAGGGAGGAUGAGGGUUUCAUAAAGGAGGAGGAGCGACCGUUGCCUGAAAAUGAAUUUCAAAGACAGGUGUGGCUGCUUUUUGAGUACCCAGAGAGCUCUGGUCCCGCCCGGGGAAUCGCAAUAGUCUCAGUCUUGGUCAUUCUCAUCUCCAUUGUCAUUUUCUGCUUAGAGACAUUGCCGGAGUUCAGGGAUGAGAACAGGGAUCCAAUCACCAUUGCGCCUGUGAUAAAUGGCACACUCCCCUAUUUCAUCAGCCCGUUCUCGGACCCCUUCUUUGUCGUGGAGACGUUGUGUAUAAUCUGGUUCUCAUUCGAGCUGCUAGUGCGCUUCUUUGCAUGCCCGAGUAAGGCCACGUUCUCCAAAAAUAUUAUGAACAUUAUAGACAUUGUGGCCAUUGUUCCCUAUUUCAUCACACUGGGCACAGAGCUGGCAGAAAGACAAGGGAACGGACAGCAGGCCAUGUCUUUAGCCAUUCUGCGCGUAAUUAGGCUUGUUCGGGUGUUCCGUAUCUUCAAACUGUCGCGUCACUCUAAGGGGCUUCAGAUUUUAGGACAGACUCUAAAGGCCAGUAUGCGUGAGCUGGGCCUGCUCAUCUUCUUCUUAUUCAUCGGUGUCAUCCUCUUCUCCAGUGCUGUCUACUUUGCUGAGGCAGACGACCCAGAAUCGGGUUUCAACAGCAUCCCGGACGCAUUCUGGUGGGCUGUUGUCACCAUGACCACAGUGGGCUACGGAGACAUGCACCCCGUGACAAUUGGGGGAAAGAUUGUGGGGUCUUUGUGCGCAAUUGCUGGCGUGCUGACUAUUGCCCUGCCUGUACCUGUCAUCGUCUCCAAUUUUAAUUAUUUCUACCACAGAGAAACGGAGGGCGAGGAGCAGGCACAGUACUUGCACGUGGGCAGCUGUCAGCCUUUAGCAGACACCGAGGAGCUGAGGAAGACUCGCUCUUCUUCUUCACUCAGCAAGAGCGAGUACAUGGUGAUAGAAGAGCACGGGAUAAACAGCACGUUCAAACAGCAGCCCAACUUCCCCACUACCGCUCAGAACAACUCGCAGAAUUGUGUGAAUAUAAACAAAAAGAUUUUCACCGACGUGUAGCCAUUAUUUUAGAGCCAUAACAUUGAACACAGGACGUGGUGACGAAUCAACACACAGCUGGUUCUGCCGUUGCGCACCAGCGUGUGGAAGCAGCUGUAGAUCAGAAAGAAAGAAGAAGAAAAAAAAACAGAAAAAAGAAGCGAAAGAACGAAACCUGUACGUUCAGAGAUGCUGCUUUGCUGUCCAUUCAAAGAAUCGGGAUUUUUCAUUUCAGUGGUAUGAAUUCAUAAUUCUGUGUGGUUCCAUUCGCGCUUGUAAGAAGAUGAAGAGCUCCUUAUAAAGUUUUAGGCCUACCAUUCUUCUCUGAGUGAGGGGGGUUGACCUGUUGUGAGUCGGGCAAUAGUGAGUAUAUGUUUCACAACAGGUAGACAUAGAAGCUGUAUAACUGUGACAGAUGUGCACAAAUGUAUAAUACUUGAAGGGCACUCACAUUGUAUUAACAUGCGUUAUGGGUCGUGAUCCGUCCAUCAUCGGCUAUGUAUAAUAUCCAAAAUCAUUUAAAUAUGUUUGUGUGUGCGUGUUUAAACACAUGUGACGUCUGAAAAACACAGUUCAGCAUAUAAUAUCUCAAUUAGAGCGUUUUGUGCUAUGCCUUUAUUGUGCGUUAAAGUCUAGUCCAAAUGCUAUUCUCUUUAAAAAAAAAACAUAUAUAUAAGAAUUCCCAACAAUUUCUUUGUAUGCAUUCUCCUGGUUGGCUAUUUUAAUGGUUAAACGGCGACAUGUAAACACAGGGGCCAGCCGACUCCAGUUCUCAUUAUCGAUGCAAGACACACGUGCAGCGAAGAAACACUGAGCUUUUUUUUUGCGCACACAAACAGUGAUCAAAGAUGGAGCGUGUCUCUUUUCGGAUGCCUCGAAUAUAGCCCACUGUGAUGCAGUCUCCAUGGCGACGGUCGUUACCUCGGUAACCCCCCCAGUCACCGUUACCAUGGCACCUUUGUUUCCACAGUAACCUCCCAGAUUGCUUGGAAGCAAUAUUGAAGAUUUUCAUCUUAAUGGGUUGUCUUCGGUGUGUAAGAAGGAUGUUGGGGCACCGUGCUUCGCUGCAUAAAAAAUAGACGCCCAAACACGCCCACUAACGCUAAUCUGCAAGCCCCCCCAGUGACCAGAACAACGACACGAAACAAAUCCCACCAAGGAGGUUGUUAAUCACAACAGUCCUACAAAACAGCACAGGCUCGACACAGAUAGCUCCAAAGCUGUCUGUCAAGAGAGGCCGAAGAAGAGACAUGUGAGGAAAUUGUGAAUGGACUGGGAGCACAUUGUCUGGCUGCCCUGAGUGCGCUGCUGUCGGCGUUCAGCAGAGGCUGCUGUUCUCCCACUAAAGCAACUGGUGAACUCUUUCUCUGCUCAGACCUCCUGGAACCCCCAACGAAACCAGUUAGACUGCCUCCCAUUUAGGUAAACAAACUAAAUUGAUUUGAUACAGGUGCUAAUUACUUAGAAAAGCUGAGUCAUUUUGAAGGCAUUUAGAUUAGCCAUUAGCCUGCAGUGACCUUAUUUUUCCAUUUAGGGGCGAUGCGACUCCGGUCUUCCUGUUGGGCCAGAUUGGCCAAGUUAGCAAUUGAGACAGAAAUCUCUCUGGAUUAAUUCUUCCCGCCCUGCCUUCUUGCUCAUGCUGGUGCCCUUGAACCUGAAUUAACAAGUUGUGCCUAUUAAUCACCCUGCCACGCCCCUCCAGCGAACCACAGCUCAUUCCAAAAUGCAACAACAUGCAGUUUUGAAAAGCUUAUAAUGGACACUCAACAUCCAGUUUUGUAGCUGCAGUUUUGUAGCUGCUUCCGCGCUGAGGCUAAAGCACUGUGAAUGGAACCAUCGCAGGGUCAGAAGUUGUUGAGACAGUGACAGGAUUCAGCUGCAAUGGACUUUUUCACCACAUGCUUUCUAUAUAAAAUUCAAAAGGAUAGAUGCAGAAAACAAGACAGCAAUUUUGCAAAGCACUUUCGCGUUACUGGAAUAUCAAGGAUUUUUGCAUUCUGUAUUCACCUUUCCAGGAGGAGAUGUUCAUCAUGGACAACAGCUGACCAACAUUAAGACAGAAGUGGCAAAAACCAAGGCUAUCCACAAUUUACUGCUAUAAAACUGUGAUACAAAUUCAACGACUGUUAGUCAUUUGCCUUUGUUAGUUCUAUGUGUUGUGUAUUUGUAAUAUGUGAGACAAACGCAUAUGUACAUGUGCUGGUCGCUGCUAUUCCAUUGACAUAUACUGUACGUGGAGGAAAAUACAAAGGCGUUUAUGCAGACACAAACACAGACACAUGCAGCACAUACACAUGCCUUUGGACGGCUUUCUCCUUCCCAGAGUGCACUCUUGAUUUAUGGGAAAGGGCAAAAUGUUGUCAUGGGGCGGCUUGUUUGUUCUGUGUUAUUUUUGUGCUGUCUUAAACAUGACCCAUGUAAAGAGAGUCUGAAAGUAGCCAAAUUGUAAAGGAAAAUGCACUCAUUUACAGUUGCAAGGCAAAGUUUUAGUGCCACUUACUGAUAUAUAAUGUUGGAUCAUUUUCCUCAAUAAAUCAGUGAACAAGUUUCAUACUUUUUGUUGGUCUGUUUAACUAGCUUUUAGGUAGAAAUAUAGACACUCUGAAAAGUUUCAGAAAACCUUCCUGCAGCUACGUCCAGAGGGAUGUCUGGAUUCAAUACAUUUCCAAAGUACAUUUCCACUUUUAAGUUAACUAGAAGGGAGACUAACAACCUGUGUUUAGUAUCCCUCUGCCUUUCUCUCACUCUAAAUUGUUCAAUAAAAGAAACCUAUUAAAUUUGCAGUUAAGCGUUAAUAGAAUGAAAAUACAUGAAAUGUUUUAUAGCUGGGCAAAGAAUUAGUGACUGCCUUACCUGUGCAACAUGUAAUGCAAUUAAGUACAUGAUAUAAAAUGGUUUAAUCCUUCAGUACUGCAAUAUUCAAUCAUUUCAUGGGUUUUUCUGGAUUCUGCUGUGUGCAGAAAUGCUGUUGGCACACAGGAUGUGCCACUGUUUAACAAGUGUUUCCCGUGAAAAGCCUUGCAACGUGACAGUCUUUUAAUAGUGAAAAACAGUGCUGGCCCAGAGUCCUUUGGUUACAGGAAAACACUAACACAACAGAAGAAAGAACAAAGAGAGCUCUCUGUAGCAGCAGGACCAGACAGGAAGCUUAUGACGGAGUACUCCAUCAAUGAACUAGAAGGGCAAUAUUGAAAAUAAAAGAGACGUCUCUCUGACAGAUUUAGAAAGAAACAUUUGGUGAUUCCUAAAUGUAAUUCUACGUCAGACGUUUGGAUGCCCCCUGGUUUGUCUGGUUGCACCUUAAAGAGCACUGAGCUGUGUCAGAGCACAGUGGAAAACUUCAUGUCAUCUCCCAGGCGAAGAGGUAAAUAUUAACAUUGUAACAAAGGUUUGCAGCAAUCAUGCUGUCAUGCUGUGUAUGAGAAAGUGUGCUUUAUUGCUGCGACGAGCCUGCCAGUUCACUAACCACUCUGCCAUCUCUCUUGGCAAAAGUAUGGCUGAAAGAAUCAAACCACUAUAUCUUUGGUUGUCCCCUCUUACAUGCGCAGCAAAUCCCCCCCACAGUCUAUUUGUGUCUGUUUUCAUUCUUUUGCUUGUCUGUUCCUUCAGUAUCAAACAUAGGAGAAGGCACAAUGUGGCAGCCGAUCACAAAAAUGAUGUCAUCAGACCUCACACUAGCCACAGGGCUAAUGCACAACAACUCUCCAUAGUAACAGGGGAGGGCUGCUGGUGGCAGAUUCAGCCCUCUGCAGGUGUAUUUCAGAGCUAAUCUCUUGAGCUGUUGGUGUUACUGUAAACUGUGCACAGGGAAAGGUAGAGGCUAGCAAAGUCUAAUUUUGUGUAUCAGUGUGUUUAUUAGAAUUGUACACUGUGUAGACUGGGUUUCACCAUGCACGGACUCGAUGUGAACAGCAAGUUUAAGUUGAAACAAUUUCAAUAUUGUGAGCCAACAUCAUCCCAGCACACACAUAGUAUAAAACCUUCACAAUCAAAAUGCCAACAGAUCUUGAAGGGAGAUGAUGGAAUGUCCCUUUGGAUGUUUCUGGUCACCUGUGAUCAGAGGAAAAAAGUCGUAGACACAAAAUUGACAUAAAUUUUCCAAGGUUAAUAUUAUCACAAGAGACACUGCACUUUGGGGCAAAUUUUAAUCCAUAAUUUGUUCCCUUUUGAGUCUUUUUUGGCUUCUACUAACACUUUAGGGGAAAGUCUGGAUCAUUAGCUGCAAAAUGCUCCUCGCUUAAUAAAUAUGAAGCAACUGAAACAGCUGCAUACUGUGGCCCAAACCAAUGCUUUCAGGGAUGGGAAUAGAGAAGCUGAGGCCCAGAAAGUCUACAGAGCCCUCAUUACAAGUAAAUCCCCUCCAUACAGCCUUCACACAUCAUCUUUCUCACUUCAUUUGGUUUUCAUAAUUUGAAUUUUCAAUUUUCGUCUGUUGUUUUUGAGAAACAGCACGACUUUAAGACAUGAGCGGAAAAUAUAUG